UAACAACAUCCCGCUCCAGAUUUCCAGCUCUUCAUCGCAACAAAUAGGAAACUCAAUACUCUACUUACGUCGCGCCAUCGAUCAUCAUGCCACCAGCCAAGAAAGCCGCCGGGAAAGCAGGAAAAGGAAAGGGUAAAGACGAUACUGGUGAUGCGAAAGAAACGAAAGUUAAAGGUGCCCAGCAAAUCAAUGUUCGACAUAUACUUGUGCGUCUCACCUGACAUUUUGAUUUUGAUUUUCAUUUUCGAGUGUGUCAUUCUUCUGGACUGAAUAUUAAUAUAUGUAUUUGCAAUAGUGCUCCAAACAUAGUAAAAUGACGGAAGCGCUGCAGAAGCUAGAGGCUGGUGCUAAAUUUGACGAUGUUGCUCGUGAGUUUUCGGAGGAUAAGGCAAGGGCUGGUAGGUUUUUCUUGUUUGCUUUUUAUUGCGUUUUAUAUGCAUCUCUUUCUGGUAAGAGAGAGAUUCGACUAGGGAAACGAGCUGAUAUGAGGCCAUGUAGGAGGAGCAUUGGGAUGGAAAGGGAGAGGAGAUUUAGAUGCUGAGUUUGAGAAAGUGGCUUUUGAGAUGGAGGCGAGUACUACGACGAAGCCAAAGUAUAGAGAGGUAAAGACAGGGUUUGGAUAUCAUAUUCUUAUGGUUGAGGGGAGGAAGUAGGGAGGACUAGAUGACGCGAUGAAGCAAAAUUGAAGGGCUGAAUGGAGGAUAGGGAGAACAUAAGGUUGAGAGCGGAAAGGUGUCGGGCGUUGUUUCAGGGUACAUUUAUCAGGUUCUAGAUGAGCCCAAGGAUAGGGCGAAGAACCUAUCUUGCUUUCAAGCUCAUAAGUCUCUGUCCCACAACUCACAGAAGUGUAAGUUAAAAUCAUUUGCUAUGGCAACAAAUGGAUUGCAAAGAACGGCCUCAUACAUGCAUAUUCACGCGCGUUCACCCUGCGAAAAAAGACAAGAU